CGGGAUUCAUGGAACAUCAGAGAAGUCUGAGACUACAUCUCACACUGCCGGUUUCAACAGUGUCGAGAUAGAGCUUCACCACCAUCAACUUAGUGAUCUCACGGCGUCAAAAACCACACCAACAUGUCCGGAAGACGAUCCUCGGCUCGGAUUGCGGCCAAGCUUUCCGAACAAACGCCUCCUGCGCAGUCACCCGAGAACAAGAGGCGCAAGGGUGGUGGCCUUGCAUUUCCGGAAGCAAAACGUGUCAGGAAGACAAGCCCAAGUCAGUCGGAACAAAAGACUCUUGAGGAGACCCUGAACAAGUAAGAACAUGCCCAGAAUCUCCGUCACUGCAUUCAUGCUGACAGAUAUGUCAGUGGCAACCAACAAGAGCAACCUGCGCCGGCAAACGACGAACAGGAUGCGAGCAAACGUUCCGUCGAUCAAGAUGUGAAAGACAACUCAGGACCGCAAGCUGGUGCUGCUCUGGAAGCUGAGCGGGAAGACCAACCGGCCAAAGCCGAAGAAGAUACACACAUGACUGGCGCGAGCGAUGAGAAGAAAGAGGAAGCCACACAAGAGCAGAAUGGACCGCAACCUGCCAAAGAAGAGGUCGUCGCUGAGAAGAAGCAGGAAGAUUCACACGCCGCCCAGGCCAAUGGCGAUGCCGUUGAAUCUGGAGAGCGUGACCAUGUCCCGUCGAGCAUCCUCGAGAAGGGCAUCAUCUACUUCUUUUUCAGGUCCAGGGUCAACAUCGACGACCCUCAAGACGUCAAUGACAUUGCUCGCACGUACAUUGUCAUGCGCCCGAUUCCACUCGACGCGAAGCUUGGAGAGGGCCCCAUCGGUGACGAGGGGAACUGUAGACUUCUCGCCGUGCCGAAGAAGGUCCUCCCGGUCAGCGGCAAAGACCGUUUCUUGUCGUUUGUCGAAAAGGCCAAAACCACCUUUGCAGACUUGAAGGAGUCCUUCAUGGGCGGUUCGGAGUACGCCACAAAGACCCAAGGAACCAGCCACGUCCCUCCGGUCACACCACUCGCCGAGGGUGUCUACGCAAUCACUUCUACUGGCCGGGAAUCGCACCUCGCGUACAACAUCACAAUCCCCCAUGAACUUGGUGAGGUCCAGAAGGAUCUCGGUCUGAAGGAAAAGGGAAGCUUCGUGACUAGCGUCAAGAAUCCUACUGCGUCUGCCCCUGCCAAUACAAGUCUCCCCCAGGGUCCAGAGUAUCCACAAGAGCUUCUCGACGAGUUCAGAAACCUUCGUUGGAAGCCUCUCGAGCCAAAGUUUUUGGAUUAUGUCAAUACACAGUUUCUCCUGAUUGGCGAAUCCCACCAUUACGACAAGGCUACCGAGGGACGACCAAGUGAUGAACGUGAGGGCAAUGGAGUCCCAGAGGAAGAGAUUGAGAAAUUGGAAGGCGAAGAUGAGAUUCGAAUCAAGCAUCUCAAAGGGGAUGAUUCCGUCUUUGUUGAUCUUGGUGUAGCAGCCAAAGAUUUCCCCAAGCUUCCAACAACAUGGUAGGGGGCAAAAAGCCAUUUGGCCCAAGAGAAAUAGUCCAAAUCAAAAGUGUCUUUGGUGGUCCAGUCGAUGUUUGUUACGAUGUCAUGUAUAGUGGUUGGGCAACAAGUGGAACGAGUACAUGAUUUUGUCGGGGUAAGGUACAUGACUGAGGCAUUUCACGAGUGGUGAUAGUCUACUACCUGACCUUCAGAUAUAAAAGAAAAAACGUUGUUGUGUGUACAUUGAAUGAAAUUACCUUCUGGCUUUUGUGAUAGGAGUGCAAGCG